CAAGAGAAACCUUAUUACAUAGCGGACCCAGAGGUCGACUCAUUAAUGGUGCAAGCGAUACAAGUACUACGGUUUCACCUAUUAGAAUUAGAAAAAGUGCACGAGCUGUGCGACAACUUCUGCCACCGCUACAUCAGCUGCUUGAAGGGCAAGAUGCCCAUCGACCUGGUGAUCGACGAGCGGGAGAGCGCGCGGCCGCCCGACUCCAACGGCGAGCCCCGAUCCGCGCCCGACAGUAGCCACGACGGCGCCUCCACCCCCGACGUCAGACCUCCAUCGUCAUCCUUAUCGUACGGCGGUGCCGUCAACGACGACGUGCGCUCGCCGGGCUCCGGUGGCACCCCCGGCCCCCUUAGCCAGCCCCCGCCGCAGACCCUCGACGCCACAGAUCCAGAUGCCAUGGGUAAAUGGUGUGGAUCGAGGCGGGAGUGGUCCUCGCCCCCGGACGUGGCGAGACGGGUGUACUCCUCAGUGUUCCUGGGCAGCCCCGGUGAGUACCCAGGAGACGCCAGUAAUGCGAGUAUCGGGUCGGGAGAGGGAACGGGGGAGGAAGAUGACGACACGAACGGUAAAAAGAACCAGAAGAAACGGGGCAUCUUCCCGAAGGUGGCCACCAAUAUACUGCGGGCGUGGCUCUUUCAACAUUUAACGCAUCCGUACCCUUCGGAGGAUCAGAAGAAACAGUUGGCGCAGGAUACAGGGUUAACGAUACUACAAGUAAAUAAUUGGUAAGUGGCUUUCGCUGUAUUUGAGUCUUUUGUAUAAAUAUUUCGGUAAGUAGUCGCUUUAUCUGUACAAAUUGAACCGUCGAUAUUUGUUAUUGCCAAAAUAUAACAAAAAAAAUUAAAAGUAAAAAAAGUA